GGCGCAUGACAAACGGACAUUGAUAAUUGUCAAAUAUGAAUGGCGAUUGCGUGCUAUUUGGCUGUAGUUGUUUGCUUCUCUAACGACAAGAUUAAUUUACCAACAGGAAAUAUUUGUUAUGUGACAAACGUAGUUAAUUUGUCAUUUUGAAAAAGCUGCUUUAAACAAUCUACAGAAGUAGCACUUGUUUUAACGACUGUUACGAUAUUAUUUUUCACCAGGAGUCAAAAUGUUAUCAGAUGAAUCAAGUAGUGAUUCAGAAACAGGCAGAUUCAAAUGUCAAACUAACAAAGAUGAUGAUGCAAAAUCUCAUAGAAGAGAAGAAAAUACUAGCUCAGGAAGAAGUAGGAAUAUUGAUGGAAGGUAUAAUAGAGACUUUGGUAGAAAAAGAAAUGAUAGGGAUAGGUUUGAUAGACACUCUAGAGAAAGAAAUAGGUACAGUAGAUAUUCACCAAUAAGGCGUAGACACUCAAGGGAUAAAAGUAGAGAAAGAAGAAAAGAGAGUGAUAGAUAUAGAUCCAACAGGGGCUCUAGGGAACGAACUAGACCCAAAGAGCGUAGUUUGAGUAGGGAUAGAAAAAGAAAAUCUCGGUCCGGAUCACAUAAGUCCCCAGUACCAAGGAAUAUGAAAGAUGAAAUAAAAAAUUUAAUUACCACUACUGAUAAAAAAACUGAAAAGUAUGAAAGGAAUGUUAAAAAAGAAAGUUCAUUGUCUCCUAACCAAGUAGUAAAAAAGUCUGAAGUUCAUAAACCUAUCCAAGAACCAUCAAAAAGAAGAAGUGACAGUCCAAUACUUGUAGAAGAAGACAUGAAUGACUAUAGUCACGAUGAAGUUCAACCAGGAUCAUACUACAGUAUGAUACCAGCAGUUAUCAAAGAAAAAUCUGAAGAAUCCACUGAAAUUGAUUCAUCAGAUGAUGAAAAGCUCCGAGCAAAACUUUUAAACUUAGAAAAAGAGUUUCACAAGAGCAAAAAAAAGAAACAUAAAAAAAGACACAAAAAGAAGUCAAAAACAAAUAAGGAAAAGGAUGAUUCAUGCGUUUCAGUUGAAGUGACAAGUACUACAGAUAUUCAAGAAGAUAAUAUUAAGCAGAAUACUCAAUCAACCGAAGUAUCAUCUACACAAAAGAACAAUCAAAAGGAAAGUAGUGAGGAAGGUGAGAUAUUAAGUGAAGAUGAUCAAGAUAUUGAUCCAACUGAUUUAAGACAUAAACUCAAACGUUCAAAAAAUGGGUCACAAGAAAAUAUGUCCCCUAAGCUAGAUGCUUGUGGACCUGCCUUACCACCUCACCUACAAAAACGUUUCCACAAAAGUUCCUCUCCUAGUGAAGGUAAUGUCGAGACGUCAAAGACAGAAAGGGCAAGAAACAUAGGGCCGUCUAUUCCAAGCGAUAUGCGUAAAGUAUUAGCUGAGAGAAGUCCUGAAAUAAUAAAGGAUGAGAGUUCAGAAGAAGAUACUGGUAUAGGUCCACUACCUACUGGUGCUGAACAAAAAAUGACUGAUGCACACAAGCGUCUAGAAGAAAGAGCUUAUGAGUUGAAAAUAAAACAGCUUGAUGGACACACACUCCAUGCAAAGGAUACAAAAUCGCGUGAGCAAUGGAUGCUUGAACUGCCAGAAGGAAAAACAAAAUUCCUUGGUUUGGAAGCCCGGGGCUUCAGAGCAAAAGAAGGCCCUGAUAUGUCAGACAGAUCAAGUUGGACUGACACGCCCGAAGAGAAAGCGCGAAAGGCUGCGGGUAUCGCGAAAGAGGAAAACACAUCUGAAGCCCUACAACGGGAGGCGAAAGAACGGAACAUUUCUAGUAGAGAUGAAGAACAGGAACAAGCUGUUAGAAAACACAAGAAAAAGCAUAAACGGGAUGAAAGCCUGUUGGAGAUACACCAGAAAAAAUUGAAAAAGAAGAAGAAGAAAGAGAGCGAGGAAAAGAAGGAGCGUCGUCCGUUUAGCCGAGAUGUAGACCUUCAAGUGAACCGCUUUGACGAAGCACAAAAAAAAUCUAUUAUCAAGAAAGCACAAGACCUAAAUUCACGGUUCUCUCAAGGCGAAGCUAAAUUUUUAUAACCAACAACA